UUUCGUUUCUUCCUUUCUCUUCUUUUCUUCUUUCUUUUCUUCCUGUUUCUUUGCGUAGGGAUACUGCACGAGCAGGAGGACAUACGUAUCCUCAAGUAUUCACGCGAGUUUUUUUCAGACGAUCGUUGCGAUUCGACUUUCGUCUUGUUACGUGUGUCUUCGUUUCUUUUUUUCUUUUUUUUCUUUUCUUUUCUCUCUUCAUUUUUAAGUUCGACGAUAAAAGUUCGGAUCUUUCUUUUUCUUUCAGUACUCCCUUUUCUCUCCUUUUUCCUUUUUCUUGACCCUGUUCUUUUCGCUGCAUUAAAUAAAAACUUCUUUAAUAAUCCUGUUCAUCACCUUUAUCAUAUUCCGCUUACUGAGAAAAGAAAAAGUUGAUCUCAGUUCGAUAAAAUUGAGAAAAUAAGAAAAAGAAGAAGGAACUAGAAGGGAGAAGAAGAAAAAAAAAGAAGACUCUCUCUCUCUCUCUCUCUCUCUCUUUUUCUGCAUCGACAAGUGACAACGAACGCUUCUACCCAGUAAAAGUUUUCACUCGUUCGAGCUUUCACCAUUUAUUUCCGUCAACUUUAAAGAAAGAAAGUUUCUGUAGCAGCACGAAAUACGAACGGUCAAGAUUUUCGUAAAGAAAUCAAUAAUAAAAAGGGUGGAUCGAUGUUAGCAGAGAUCGCAAAGGAAUUCAUGCAACGAUCGACUACUACCAGCCAGGUACUGAAUCUAAAUUUAUCUAAUCUACUGCUACUUCUCGUAUUAAAAGCUGUAGUUUUCGGUGCUGGAUAUAUCGGAAAUCAUGGUUACAAAGGACGCGAUUUGAACGAAGAAAAUAUUAUAUCCGAAGGAGAAGUUGCUUUGGCAUUGGGAUAUCUGAUCGGUGAUACGUGCCUGUAUAGAGCAGCAUGCGAGGAACCACAUAUUGCAAAGGAAUAUUUGGGUGCUGCUGAAAUGCUUUUAAAUACGAUGAAACUAAUGCCGCAGACCGUAUCCAUCGAACAUAAAUACGAAAAGACGAUAAACGAACUUCGAAAAGCUAUCGAGUACGGAAUUACAAGCGGAUGUCCGCCAGAAUAUAAUUGUAAAAAGGAAAAUAUCAAAGCUUUCUUAACGACGGAGAAGAAGAAAUAA